CAGAUUUUAAAUUAAUAAACAAAUUUUAAAAAGAGAACGACGACCUUCGAGGAAUUUAAUAAUGAAAAAAAAGGAGCAGAUACUACGAAAACUCACUUUUUCUGAUUCCAACUGGGUUUUAAUUUCUUACUUUAGGGGAAAAAGUUUCGAUCUUUCUUCUCUUCAAUUGGGUGCUUUUUUUUUGUUGGUAGGCAUUGGGUUUAAGCAGUGAAGAAUCGGAGAUGUCACCUGACGGAGAACUUGUUCCGGUGGAUUCAUCGGCGGUAGUCACGGCGAAGAGGAAGACAUCUCAGUUAUCAAGGAGUUGGAUUUCCAUAGACGCCACGGGGCAAAAAACUGUGCUUGACGUUGACAAACACGUGAUUAUGCACCGUGUUCAAAUCCACGCUCGUGAUCUCCGGAUCCUUGACCCGAAUCUAUUUUACCCUUCUGCUAUUUUGGGUCGAGAAAGAGCCAUUGUUCUUAACUUAGAGCAUAUCAAGGCGAUUAUCACUGCCGAAGAGGUUUUGAUCCGAGAUUCGUCAGAUGAAAAUGUUAUCCCCGUCCUGGAGGAGUUUCAGAGAAGAUUACCUGUAGGAAACGAGGCACAUGGUGUUCACGGAGAUGGUGAUUUGGGUGAAGAAGAUGAAUCCCCGUUUGAAUUCCGGGCGCUAGAGGUGGCCUUGGAAGCUAUUUGUAGUUUUCUAGCUGCAAGGACAACAGAACUAGAGAAGUUUGCUUAUCCUGCUUUGGAUGAACUUACCUUGAAGAUAAGUAGCCGUAACUUGGAAAGAGUUCGUAAAUUGAAGAGUGCCAUGACCCGUUUGACAGCUCGGGUCCAAAAGGUAAGGGAUGAGCUUGAACAGUUGUUGGAUGAUGAUGGUGAUAUGGCUGAUCUCUACCUUACAAGGAAGCUUGUUGGUGCAUCUUCAUCUGUCAGCGUUUCAGAUGAACCCAUUUGGUAUCCUACUUCCCCAACAAUAGGUUCUAUGAUUUCCAGAGCAAGUAGAGUGAGUUUAGUCACGGUUCGUGGAGACGACGAAACUGAUGUUGAAGAGCUUGAAAUGUUGCUUGAGGUAAUACUUGUUUCCAGCUACAUAUGAAGUAUAAACAACCAUUAAUGUGAUUUUUGUUAAUAGGCAUACUUCAUGCAAAUAGACAGCACUUUGAACAAAUUAACCGAGGUAUUGUAUCUUCUUGUUCCUGUUUCGUCUUUGUGGUAUCUCCGACUUAGAAAGUAUAAUUGAACAUGAUGCAGCUACGCGAGUAUAUUGAUGACACAGAGGAUUACAUUAACAUCCAGUUAGACAAUCAUCGAAAUCAGCUGAUUCAGGUGAGUGAAUAUAAAAGAAAAGCUCAGGAUUAUUAAAGUUUUUUUAAAUUUUUUUUGAUGUGUAUGAAAAGCAAUAAAAUUCUCUGCAGUUAGAGCUAAUGUUAAGCGCAGGAACCGUCUGUGUAUCAGUGUACUCUAUGAUCGCCGGAAUAUUCGGCAUGAACAUUCCCAACACAUGGAACCACGACCAUGGUUACAUUUUCAAAUGGGUCGUAAGUCUCACGGGAACAUUUUGCAUAGUCUUGUUCGUGAUUAUACUGUCGUACGCUCGGUUUAGAGGACUCAUCGGAUCUUAAUGACAAGAGAGGACAAUUUGGUACAUAUUUUAUAGCAGAGAAUGUGAGAGCAGAUCUUGUUUUUUGGGGUCUCUUCUCGCCAGCAUUUUCGUUACUAAGUGAUGGGAUUGCAUAAUUUGUACUGUGUGACUACAUUUUUUUUUCUGGUUAACAGUAAAUUGUAACUUCUUGAUACCAACCCAAAUUAAGGAGCCGAGAUAGAUAACCGAACAAAACCAAAAAAUACGAAGACCUUUACACAAAACCGGGACCAAAUUACAAGUUCGGAUUGAAUAUCUCUGACCUGAACCGAACCAAAAUUGUAUCGGAUAUCCAACAACCCCAAAACAAAACCGAAUUAGACCGAUUCGAAUUUGGUAUUUUGAUUGCAGCCUCCAG